AAUCAAAACCGCCAGCAGAAAAAGAACACAUAUGCCCCAAAACGUGGACCUAUUAUUGACCUUGAGCCUGUUUUGAAUAAGCAAGUCAGCGUCAGAAUAAGUGGAGGCCGUGAGAUUAUAGGCACCCUUGCGGGAUAUGACCAGUUAAUGAACCUGGUGGUCGAAAACGCAGUAGUCAAGACACCAGGCCAUAUUUCUUACUCCGAGAAAGACGAAGAAAUUAAGUUAGACAAAGUGGUUGUCAUUGGCAGAUUGCUGCUCGCGUUAGAACCUAUGGAUGGAUACGAAGUCAUUACCAAUCCUAAUGUACAA